AGCCUCCACAUUUUCUCCCUCUUCUUAGCUACCAGCACCUGUGGACCUUCAACCCUUUUAAUACCCUGUGGCUGACAAAAGCGAUGCUCUCCCUGACCAGAGAGUUCCAGAACAAAGACGACGCCUACUGCUUCUCCUUAGCCAAGGCCCUCUACUGCGUGUCCUCCCCAGUGACGGUUGGGUUUUAUGCACCGUGGGGGCACUGCAAAGCCUUCCUCCUGGACAGGAUCCGAGAAUACAUGCGCCUUCAGUCACAGAAAAAAGACCAGCAGGAAUUCCAGCGGACCGGACUGAAACAGCGAGGGACUUCUGGGUGGGAUCUGGUCUCCGCCGUCUUCCUCAUGAUCUUUUACCACCCUGUGCUGACACUGCAGCACCGACAGAGAAAAAACGUCCAGCACAUCUUCAUUCAUUUCAGCGCCUGGGAAUACGCCGGGAGCGACCAGCUCUGGGCAGGUCUCAUCACUGCCAUGUGCGACGGCAUUGAGAGCCACUUUGGCCUCGUCCCCGUGAGCGUCUACAGAGCUGUAGGCAGGAAGUGUGGCCUUGUCGAGGCCCCUCUGCGCCAGGAGUGGAUCAGCAAGAAGUACCUCUGCCUGCCACUGUGGGCUGCCAUCAUCUUGGUGGCCGUCGUGGCCGUCGUGGUCGCAGCCCUCAUCUUUGUUUUUGGCAUCCCCAUUGGCAACGCUUCCGGGGACGCCAUUGCUGUUGUCGAGGGCCUCGGGGCCACGGCAGUUGGGAUCACGGCGGCGGCGUCUGUCCGGAUGGCUGUCCUGGUGGUUCGGAACGUCGUCGUCACCCAGAAGGCCCAGCUAGAGAGGCAGAUGAACCGGACGGACCUCAGCGCCCAGCUGGGCUUCAUGAGCAACGUCAAGAGGGAGGUGAAGGUCAUUGCCAAGUUCCUGAAGUUCAUGGAGAUCUUCCAGCGGCGGAAGCUCAGGGUGGUGCUGGAGAUCACCAGCUUGGACAACUGCUGCCCCGACAAAGUGGUGGGCGUCCUCGAUGCCAUGAACAUCCUCCUCUCGGACUACGAGGCGCCCUUCAUCUCCAUCCUGGUGGCCGACCCCAGCGUGAUCGUGGACUGUGUGGAGAGCUCCUUGUACAUGAAAGGCAUGGCCAACAACGGCUACGAGUUCUUGAACCGCAUCAUCACCCUCCCGUUCUCGGUCCCCAAGAUGGACACCCACACCAAGAUGCAGCUGGUGAAGUGUGCCGUCGACUACAGGGAGGAGCAGGAGAAAAGCCUGGAGGACGAGGAGGGAGAAGUGGACUUCCCGCAGGAAAACCAGAGGAGGCUGAAUGCUGGGUCGCCCUCGUGUUGCGAUUCCACCGGCCGGAAGCCCCCCGAGCGACACGCCGAUGGCCUCCAGGUGCCUCUGGUUGUCGUGAGUCCCGGGCUGGAAGCGCCUCCCCGAAAAAGGUGCAAGAAAGGCUUCAAAGCCAAGGACCUGAUCCAGGAGGCCUUCGAGUUCCUGCUGGACGACAGCAUGAAGGAGUACAUGACGGACAACAUGGUGCACAUGAGACGGAUCAUCAACACCAUCUCCAUCACUGUGCGUCUCAUGGCGACGGAUGUCCCCCGGGAGAAGCUGUGCCCGCGCAAAGUGGCCUCCUGGGUGCUCCUGGCCAGCCAGUGGCCUUGCCGGCUGAGCUGGAUCCUGCAGUGCAUUGAGGACGAUGAGCAGGUGGGCCGGCUGGGCCUGGGCCAAGGCUGCCAGCUGGCUCCCGACCACUUCUUGUGGGAGGUGUACGAGAAGUACAUGGACGAGCUCGACAUGCUCAAGGGCCAGCUGGAGAAGCUCUUGGAACUGGACGGGGACCCUGAGCUCUUCCAUAGCUUCCUGUGCCGCAGGUUCCGGGUGGAGGACGCCAACUUCUUCCUGCCUUACACGGUCAACCUGGACUCCUCCUUGAAGAGGCACAUGGAGCUGCUCCGGGGCAGCCGCAGCCUGAAGCGGAGGACCAAGCGGGGCCACGGGCUCUCCAGAUGCGUUCUGCUGGGGCUGUCGGUGGAUGAGGUCUGCAAGGAGAUGGACCAGCUUGGCUUGAAAGAGGAAAAUUCCCAGCGGUACAAGGAUAGGUUGAGGCAGCACCAUUUGAACGGACGCGCUCUGGCCUUCAGCGACAGGAACGAAAUCAGAGGUGUCCUUGGCAUGGGUCUCGGGGAGUGGGUGACCUUCAGCGCGUAUUUCCUUGGGUCGGGGCCCUCUCAGGCCCCUUCGACAUCGUCUCCCAUGGUGGUCUUCGGAAAGAAGAGCUAUUUAGGGACGCAAGAGAACACUCCGAGAGGAAGCACCUGGUCCGUCAACUUUUCCAGGGAAAAUAACCAGCUCAACCAGGUUCUGUGCACCUGA